AUCUCUCUCCUCAAAUUUGAAAAUUGUGAACAAUUCUCUGCAGUUUCUCAACUUCCACUGAUUAUCAUUAUCUCAUUCAACAAUGUCUAUGCAUUUCAUCUUUUCUUUACUGUAUCCUUUUCCGGCUAAUUAAUUCCCAAAAUUACUUCCGCUCUUGCCAAAUUUCAAAAUUUGAUCUUGAAUUCUCACUACAAGAUGACAGAUUCGCUGCUGUUCAUGAUCCUGCUUGGCCUCUUGACAGAUUUUUUAUUGGGUUAUUUACCGGUGAUGCUCUUUUAGAAUUCGUAAGAGAAGCCUUUGUAAAAAUCUGACUGAGAUUGCUGCUCAAGCUUGUGAACAGGACAGAGCUGUGAAUUCUCUGGUCUUCAAGUAAUAUGGUGGGCCAGAACGCAUAUGUUCCACCACGUUACACCCCCCUCGGGCAGUCAGAUGCAGAAGCAGAUGCAGUACCAAUGCCUGCAGAUGUUGAUCCCAGACCACAACACGACAGUAGUGUUCCAGGGCAGUGGUCUUCGGGAAUCUGUGCUUGUUUCGAUGAUAUGCAGAGCUGUUGUGUUGGGCUUAUUUGCCCGUGCUAUCUUUUUGGGAGAAACGCAGAGUCUUUGGGUUCUGGAACUCUAAUAGGAUCGUGUAUGAUGCAUUUUGUAUUAUGGGCUCUUGUGAAUACUCUAUGCUGUGUGAUGACGGAAGGUGUUAUGUUGGGCGCCCCUGGAUGCCUUGUUGCCUGUUAUGCAUGUGGCUAUCGGAGGACUUUAAGGGAAAACUACAAUUUGGAGGAAGCACCAUGUGGAGACUUUGUCACACAUUUCUUCUGUCACUUAUGCGCCAUGUGUCAAGAAUACAGAGAAAUCCGCGAAAGAUCUCAAGACCUAAAUUCCAGUAGCCGGAAUAUGGUGGAAUUGGCCGCUCCUCCUGUACAGAAUAUGGGACCAGCUUCACCAAAAUAGACUUUUCACCCUUGUAUUGUUUCUACCACUCUGAAUGCUUCUGUCAUGUCUUCAUAAUUUUUACCUCAAUUUAUGAUAUGUAUUUUUAGUUAGUUAGAAUUCAUACACACCUCCUAGACAUGUUCUUUGAAGGAGAAACGACUUACCAAUUAAUCUGAGCUUUGUCGUCCUUAAAAUCUAAUCAAUCCAAACCACACAUUUUCAAACAA